AUGUUAUCUCUCAGACGCAUCCUUCCUGCCCACCACCGCCACCACCACCACCACCACCACCCAUUCUCCACCUCCAUCUCCGCCGCCAUCUCCGCCACCACCACCACCACACCUUCUCUCCCACAAUCCUAUAAAGUACAACCUCCAAUCAAACCCUGGCCUCACCGCCUCAACCCUAAACUCUUAUCAUCUCUCAUUUCCCGCCAACACGACCCAAACCUCUCCCUCCAAAUCUUCCUCCACGCCCAACACCACCACCGCCCUCCCUUCUCCCACAACCCCCAAACCUACCAAGCCAUCUUCCUCAAACUCUCCCGAUUCCGCUGCUUCCGCGAAAUCGAAACCCUCCUCACCACCCUCCGCGGUUCACCCCAGCAAUUCGUUAAUUACUGCGGCGAAGAACCACUUAUAACUGUGAUUCGCGGUUACGGACUUGCUGGAAAGCCCUUACGGGCUCUCAAAACGUUCAUGAGGAUUGAAUCGUUUGGGAUUCGACCCUCAGUUAGGUCUCUCAAUGCAUCGUUGAAUUCUUUGGUUCAGAAUAAGCGUUACCGCUUGGCGUUUUUGUUGUUUAAGAAUUGUAGAGAUAGGUUUGGGGUUUUGCCUAAUGUGGUUAGUUGUAAUGUCUUGCUUAAGGCACUUUGUAAAGGGAAUGAGGUUGAGGUUGCUGUUAGGGUUUUGGAUGAGAUGCCUGGAAUGGGUUUGGUCCCUAAUGUUGUUAGUUAUACUACUGUUUUGGGUGGGUAUGUUUGGAGGGGUGAUAUGGAUGGUGCUAUGACGGUUUUUCGCGAGAUUUUGGAUCGAGGGUGGGAUCCUGAUGUGACUAGCUAUACUGUUUUGGUGGAUGGGUUUUGUAGGUUAGGGAAAUUGUUGGAUGCGAUUAGGGUGAUGGAUGUUAUGGAGGAGAAUGGGGUUGAACCGAAUGAGGUUACUUAUGGUGUUAUGAUUCAAGCUUAUUGCAAGGAGAAGCGGUCCGGGGAAGCGGUUAACUUGAUUGAGGAUAUGCUUGGGAAGGAUUGUGUUCCGGGCUCGGAGCUGUGUUGUAAUGUUGUUGAUCUGUUGUGUGAGGAAGGGAAUGUUGAGAGAGCUUGUGAGGUGUGGAGGAUGGUUUUGAGGAAGGAUUGUAGCCUCAAUGGUGUUGUCGUCGUCAGUACGCUUAUACACUGGCUUUGCAAGAAGGGGAAGGUGCUGGAGGCAAGGAAUGUGUUUGAUGAGUUUGGGAAGGGAUCAGUUGCUAGUCUCUUGACGUAUAAUACAUUGAUUGCUGGAUUGUGUGAGGGAGGGAAGCUUUGUGAGGCGGCGAAGCUGUGGGAUGACAUGGUGGAAAAGGGUGUUGCUGCUAACGCUUUUACCUAUAACAUGUUGAUUAAAGGGUUCUGUAAGGAUGGAAAUGCCAAGGAGGGUAUCAGAAUUCUGGAGGAGAUGUUGGAAAACGGGUGUUUGCCAAACAAAUCAACCUACUUAAUAUUGAUUGAUGGGCUUUUGCUUUCCGGUGGAAUGCAACAAGAAAUCAACAAGGUAGUUUCUCUGGCCAUGUCCACUGAAGUUGAUGUUGACUUGUGGAAUCAUUUUGUAAGACCUAUUGUGGGCAAUGUAGAUUGUGGUGCAGCUGAACUUGAUAAGAUAUUAUUAGAGAAUGCAGUGUAA